GCAGCAUUCUCUGAGGCUCGCGAAACCUGUUGGUAGGUUAGUAUAGUCUAUGCAUUGAAAAUGCGGACGUAUUUGUUUUGUCUCUUCGUAUUAUCUCUGGCUAGCGCCGAAGAUAUCGACAGUUCUCAAAUAAAGGAUGAAGUCUUGCCACAAUCUCGGGAAUAUACUUAUCCAUUAGUGGACAUUGAAGAGCGAUGCGGCCAAGUGAUUACCAUUCCUUGUCCAACAGACAGAAUAGGUCGGGCGGGCACCAUUCAAUUCGCCAGUUUACCAAGGCGUACCUGCGAGGUCACACUAGCACUAGAGAAGAACUGUGACAACACAUUUUUCGACGGUUUUGCUUUAUAUCUUAACCUGAGGACGAUCUCCACGUUAACCGGUCAUGUUUUCAAAAUCGAGGAAACGUUUGGGAACAGCCGGACACUGGGCAAACUAUUUACGAAUCAGCUAAUUUAUUAUCCGUGGAACUCGCUGGCACAGUAUCUGACGCGCUAUAGUAGCGCGCCACGCAUCCAUCUGGUAUAUGAUAGAUCUAACGGCACCACCGCCACACUAACCGGUUACAAUAUCGUGAUCGACUACACCCUCAUUCACGGCACAUCCACUCCUUUCAAUACAUACUGCCAUGCACUCAACGGCUUCAUCCACGACAAUCUGUACUGUCCGCAGAACGUAAGCCGCAUCAACUGCCCAACCAACUACACCCAGUCUCUAGGUCUAAACCCAACGGAUACCGCCCAGUGCAAGAUCCUUACUACACUUAGACCAAUAACAGCAACAACAACAGUUUGGCCACCUACAACGGAAUAUCCCUGGGUGCAUACGACACAGGAUUGGUGGAACUGGUGGCAGUCCAAUACGACGGCGCGCCCACCGGUGGAUAUCCCCUGGUACCUGGUAACCCCCUUCAUCGUCACGUGUCGCCGCGGCAGCAUCAACAUGCCCGAGGCGGAUGUGGAUUUAGUGGACUCGCUAAUAACGGUUUUCGAAGGAGAUAACACACUCAGCUGCCGUCUCAUCCUCAACGACCUCCAUACCUGGAUCUUGAUGAAGACAGGGAUGACCAGAGAGAAGCGGGCAUCUAAUUACGACCCGAUCAUAGUGGACUGCACGCGUGGUAAUUUGACCAUAUCCAGCGUCGACCCUGGGACAUCGGAAUCCACCGAUUUAGUUUUCCGCACCGGUGCAUCAAAAGCGUGCAUCAGUACUUAUCAGUCGUUCUUAACGUACCUCAGUUCAUUUUAUAGAAUGCAGAAAACACCGUGAACCGUUUCUGAAAUUGUGAGGCAGUGACACUAUUCGGAUUGUUUUUGGCGGCUGGCAGUUGAGAGGCUCGACAAUUUAUUCUGAAAAAUCAAAAUUAUUUCUAGAACGUCUUAGCGUUUAACUGUAAAAGUGUUUGUGAUAUUUCCAUUAAAGUUCAUUGAUGUUUUCGCGGCAUUGCAAAAAGUUCGAAGUGAUGUCACCUAAUAAAUGCAUAUUU